AUGGAAUCCAUAGCAAAAUUAAUUGGUUACAAUCAUAUUUUUUCAAGCGUUUAUCACCCACAAAGUAAUGAAAUGAUUGAACGUUUCAAUGCGACAUUCGUUCCUCAAAUUGCCAAACUUCAAGAUCUAGAAAAUAACAAUUGGGAUGAAUUCUUAUCGCCAGUGGUAUUUGCUUACAACACCAGCAUCCAUGCAACGACUAAUUAUUCACCAUUUCAACUAAAGUUUGGUCGAGAACCGCGUUUGCCUACUGAUAAACCUUCAUCAUCAUUUACUUUCAAUAAACCAAAUGAUUAUUAUGUACAAUUGAAAAAAAAUCUGUUGAUAAUACAACAACACACAAGUGAUAAUAUUAUUCAUCGACAACGACAAUACAAGAUUAAUUAUGAUAAACAACAUCCAGAUCCACAUUAUGAAAUCAAUGAUCCAGUACUGAUUAAAAUUCAUGGAAUAAAGAAAAAAUUAGAACAAAAAUAUUCGAUUAUACCAAAAAUAAUUCUUAGGAAACAACAUCCAAUUGAUUGGGUCAAAGAUGAAAAAACACAGGUCGAAUCCAGAGUACAUGUUAAUGAUAUUCGAUCUAUUCUUAUUUUAAAAUCAAUAUGA